AUGGAGGUAUUGAGGAUGUUGGGGACACUUCCAGUCAAACCAGACCUGUCACAGAACGACGGGAGAGCGGCCCAGCACUGGAGGAUCCAGUCCAGCUGGGUCUCAGCUAUGCAGCGACACCUCCAAGAAUUGGAUAAAGUAAUUGAGGAAAAAGAGAAGGAAAAAAGUAAGGUUGUCUCGCAAAAAAGGGGACGGUAUGAGGACUCUACCCAUCCCAGGGCUGAAAGUCACCGGGAUAGACAUGUUCAUCUGAGGGAGAAAAACAAGCAAAACAGCAGAGCUGGGGAAAAUGACCCGAAGGUACACAUGGCCAAAUUUGAAACUGUGAUCACGUUACAUCAGUACACAAAAGGAAUUAAGUGUAAAAUCUUCUCUACCACGCUAACUGGAAUUGCUCAGCAAUGGUUUCGAGCUCUGGAGCCCGAUUCUAUUCAUUCUUUUGAACAACUACAUGACGCUUUCAUGUGCCAGUAUGCAAGCUCUGAACGCGCUGCCAAGACUGCUAUGUCAUUGAUGGAUUUAAAACAAGAACCUACUGAGACUCUAAAGGAGUUUGCCGCGCAUUUUACCAAUGCAUCGCUAGAGGUACCCAAGGCUAAAUCUCAGAUUAAGGGUUAUGCAUUUGUACGUGGCUUAAGACCUGCGGCUUUCUUCGAUAAUUUGCAAUUGAAGGAAGCCAGAGCUGCUCGAAAAAUAGAAUACAGUGGAAAUAAGCCUAAGAAAGUGGAGAACAAAGCCAAAACAUCAGACACUCGUCCUCAGGGGAGAGCACUGUACCGGGGACUGCCACCCCGAGUGCUGCCAGGGAAAAUGCAGCCAGCAUACCAACCUACCCGUAAUGAGCAAAUGUUUAGAGGGGUGCACAACGUUAAUCGACUUACUGAUCAAAGCCCCGCUGAAUAA